CUUCUCAGGAGAAAAUCCCAUCGAGAGGAUUUUCAUAAAAUAUGUCACGGUGGCAUUUUUUUUUUUCUCUCUAGCAUGUGCGCUUCACCAAAGCAUGUCUAAUUUUUCAAUAGUUCAGGAAACUGUCAGUGGCACAAAGAACUUUCCAUCACUGCCCUGAAUGCCUGCCCUUCCCAGGCAGAGCAGGGUGUGACAGGGGCUCUGUGUCCCCAGGUCGCUGCGCCGCCCCGCCGCGCUCGCCCUCGGCAGAGCCCAAGAGGAAGCUGGAUGGCAUCGAGUUCUUCCACUAUGGCUACAGGAUGGAGUUUGUCUGCAGGCCAGGCUAUACCAGAAAUGCUCGCGUUUUAAACUUCCUCGUCUGCGGGGUGAACGGGGUGUGGCGUGGAUCGAGUGAAAUCUGCAUACCCAAGGCGUGCAGCAACCCCGGGGAGCCGGCCAAUGGCAGACUGGUCCUGCCUGGAGUGUUCACUUUCGGUUCCAAAGUGAACUUCACCUGCAACACUGGGUACAGACUGAUUGGACACUCUGAGAUUGAAUGUGUGCUCAGAAAUGAAGUUCUUACAUGGAACAGAGAUAUUCCCACCUGUCAGCUGAUUCCCUGUGCACCCCCUCCAGAAAUAAUGAAUGGGCAGCACAGCGGGAUGAACAAGGAACAUUUUGAGUAUGGGGACUCUGUCACCUACCAGUGCCACAGCACCAGGAAGGGACAGAAAUCUUUCUCCCUGGUGGGAGAGGCCUCCAUUUUCUGCACCAGCAGGGACAACCUGAACGGUGUGUGGAGCAGCCCAGCUCCAGAAUGCAAAGUGGUGACCUGCGAGCAGCCAACAGUGGAGAAUGGGAAGCUGCUGAGCAGGUACCAGCCUGACUACAGCUUUGGGGACACAGUGGUGUUCGACUGCAACCUCCGCUACAGCCUCAGCGGCAGCCCGGCCUCCACCUGCAGGGACAGCGGCCUCUGGGAGCCCCCCCUGCCCCUCUGCCAGCGCAGCAGCUGUGACGACCCCCCAGAUGUGAGGAAUGCCAUGAAAACCAGGCUGGCUGGCAAUCUGUUCCCUGUGGGCACCGUGGUCACCUACGAGUGCCAGGAGGGCCACCAGUUCAGAGCAGGGAAAACCACCUGGAACAUCAGCUGCCUGCAGGACUUUGUGUGGAGUGAAGCCCCAGCUCCGUGUGAAAGAAUUCCUUGCCCAGAUCCACACAUCCUAAAUGGCAGGCCCUUGCACCCGUGGCAAGUGAAAGAGGUUUAUGAGAGCGGGGACACGCUGGAGGUGGCGUGCAGUGAAGGAUUUGCUUUCAAAGGCCAUGGCAGCAACGUCAUCCUCCAGUGUGGCAGCGAUGGUGGAUGGCAUCCAGCAGUGCCAGAGUGCAUUCCAGAACAACGUUGCCCAAAGCCAGACAUCCCUCAUGGAAAGGAGGUUUAUAAAAGCAGCAGUGACUACACAGUGGGGGCCCAGGUGAGGCUGGCCUGUGAGGAGGGCUUUGCCCUCAGGGGCUCCGAGACCAUCACCUGUGGGGCUGAUCUGAGCUGGGAGCCCGAGGUGCCCUUCUGUGACAAAGUCUGUAGGGCCCCCCCACCAAUCUCCUUUGGGCAGCACUCUGGCAGAGAUGGCAAGGACUUCUACUAUGGCACCAAUGUGACCUACAGCUGUGCAGAGGGGCUGUCCCUGGUGGGGGACAAGUCCCUCUACUGCACCUCGGAGGAUGGGGAGAGCCUGAGCUGGAGCGGGCCUGCCCCGCAGUGCAAGGUGGUUCGGUGCCCCAAGCCCGUGGUGGAGAGGGGCAGGAUGACCCCACAGACGUUCACCUUUCCCUACGGGCUGCUGCUGCACUUCUCCUGCGAGCAAGGCUUCGGGCUGCGUGGUGCUGCCCAGAGCCAGUGCCAGGCUGAUGGCACCUGGCACCCGCCCGUGCCCACCUGCCAGCCAGUUCAGUGCCCCAGCCUCCCGAGGCGGGAGGAUGUGAUUGUUCAGUUCAACAAGCUGUGGUAUGAGGUGAAUGAAACGGUGCCCUUCUACUGCAAACAUGGUGGGCACGCAGGGGCACUUUCCAGAACCACCUGCUCAGCUGAUGGCACCUGGACACCACCACCCACGUGUAGGAAAAAUGAGGUGUGUGAGAGGGUUCUUCGAAACAAAGCAGCUUUCCAGUGUGGAAUUCCUCUGUCGGACCUGAAAACCCAGCUGGAAAUCCAGAAGCUCCUCCUGGAGAUCCAGAAACUUGAAAAAGAGCUAAAAAUCACCACCUACAAGGCUCAGUGUCCCAUCCCUUCCAUCGCACACGGGCAGCUGAUCUCUGCGGAGAACUUCACCCAUGGCAGCACGGCCACGCUGCAGUGUGACCCCGGCUUCGUGGGCACUGCCACCACGGCACGCUGCACGCCCAGCGGCAGGUGGUACCCACGGGUGCCCUCCUGCCUCCCAGGGCAGUGUCGCCACCCUCCCGCUGUGGAUUUCGCCGAUUUCCAGCCCCGGCGGGAGUUCCCGGUCGGGGCCACGCUGUCCUACUCCUGCCGAGCCGGCUUCUCCGCGAUCCCCGGAGUGUCCCCAAGCAUCACUUGUCUCCAGAACUUCACGUGGUCCGCGGCGCCCAGGCUGUGUCGCAAGGUGCAGUGUCCCAGCCCGGCCAUCCCCCACGGGACACAGAGCAGCCCCAGCAGGGCCGAGUACACCUUUGGCGAGCAGGUGGAGUUCCAGUGUGACCACGGCUUCAUGCUGCGGGGCAGCGACAGGGCGCAGUGCUCCUCCGACGGGAUGUGGAGACCCCCCGUGCCCCACUGUGACAGGGUCUGUGGUCCCCCUCCCACCAUCAGCAACGGGCAGCACUCUGGCAUGGGCUUCAGGAAGUUCACCUAUGGCUCUGAAGUGAAGUACAGCUGUGCAGAGGGGCUGUCCCUCAUCGGGGACAAGUCCCUCUACUGCACCUCCGAGGAUGGGCAGAACCUGACCUGGAGCGGGCCUGCCCCGGAGUGCAGGGUGGUUCGGUGCCCCAAGCCCGUGGUGGAGAGGGGCAGGAUGACCCCACAGACGUUCACCUUUCCCUACGGGCUGCUGCUGCACUUCUCCUGUGAGCAAGGCUUUGGGCUGCGUGGUGCUGCCCAGAGCCAGUGCCAGGCUGAUGGCACCUGGCACCCGCCCCUGCCCACCUGCCAGCCAGUCCUGUGUCCACAGCCACGAGUGCCCUUUGGAAGGCUGAAGAGCCCUUUGGGUGACAAAAGGUGGUACCAGACCAACGAGACUGUCACCUUGGAGUGCCUCCCUGGCUACCAGUUUCCAGAGGAUGGAAUGAUGGAAAAUGCUUGGACAGCCACGUGCUUGCCUGAUGGCAGCUGGACACCACUGCCCAAGUGUAUGAAAGAAGGUGAUGCUGAUGUGUGUCAAGAGGUUCAUUACAUUAAAUCGACCUUUGAUUGCGGUGUGCCUGUAGAAAAAGUGAAAAGUCUGCUGGAAAUACAGAAACUGUUCCUGGAGAUUAAAAAACUAGAGAUGGAACUAGAAAACUGAAACAAAACUGGAUCCCUGUAACACUCACCUUUCCUUUGGUGAGCUCACAGUUUGUGCAGUCACAGCAUCUCUAAAAAGGCUCUGGGUGAUUUUAUGGUUUAUGUUUGCGUGCCUGGAGCCAGAAAAAUAAUCAGCAGUGCAUGGGAGGCUGCUUUUGCUGUGCUGGAUGCCAGAGCAGGGAGUGGGCUUUGCUCUAACCUACAAGCUUGAUUUGCUCUUUUACUAAUAAGUUGUUUCAUGUUUCAUAUUAAGAAGACUAGAAAGAAAUUAAAUCUAGCUUUUAAAAAUCACUGUCUUAACUGUGGUAAGCUGAAGCAAAAAGGAGUGAAGUCCAGAAAAGCUGAGAGGAGCCCAGAGUUGGCUCUGAAGGUUCUGCUGCUGCCAUGGUCCAGCUGGGGUUUGGGUACAUCUGCACUCUGCUGGAAACAGUGGUGGCAAUAAAUGUUAAACCUGA